AUGAAGAGAUUCCUAGAGCGAGUUCAAGUCAUUAGCAGCGACAUAGAUAGGCAAAAAGAGGCCGUAGAUAAGAUAGACCAACUUACUCGACGAGUAAGUGGGGCUACCAACGAAAAAGAAUCAAAAGAACUGAUUGAUAAUCUUCAAAAUCUUCGAGAGGACUUCUUAGAAGAUAUGGGCGAGGUCAAAGAACAAAUAUCAGCCAUUCAAAAACAAGCCAAAGACCCUAACAUUUCUUCUCACGAAAGACACAUCAGGCAACAGCACACUAACUCGCUAAUCGAAAGAACCAAGAAGUUAAUUGAAACCUUCAGCACGGCCCAAACAGAAUUCGGCCACGAAGAAAGAAGCCGAAUCAAGUCCCAGUACAUCAUUGCUCGGCCAGCUGCCACCAAAGAAGAAAUAGAUGCCGUUGCUUACGGCGAAGAAGAAAAGGCCUCCUUCUCUAUUACCGAUAGCAAGCAUGCUGAAACCAAGCAUCGCAAACAGUCUCUCCAGAAGAUCUUCCAAGGCAUUCAAGAGCUAUCACAAAUGACAGAUCAACUGAACCUUUUAGUUGAUACCACCGAAAAGGAUGUUGAUAAAGUUGCAGUCGCCACUACUGUCGCCGAAACCAAAGCCAAAAAGGCCGAUAAAGAUCUCAAAAAAGCCCUCACAUACCAACGACUAGCUCGGUUUGCCAAGCUCAUGGUACUGUCUCUAGUCAUAAUUCUAAUCAUUGGAUUCAUUAUUGCCAUGAUUGGUGGUGUUCUCUUCCUAAUCAUUAUGACCGCCAGAAACAUGUCAUCAUCCAAUCCAUCUCCACCAACCGACGGUUCAUCAUCUACACCCACCACCCCCACCAACAGUAUCACCGACUCUCUCCCUUCACUCCCUUCUCUGCCCUCCUUUCCUUCCCUAUCACCAAACUCGCCGGCUGAUACUCCUCCCUCAACCGACCCAAAUCCACCAACCACCACCUAA